AUGCCGGCGGGCUGUCCCCUGUCCCCAGCCUCCGACAGGUACCGGCACCAGGAGGCAGCCAAGGAGACGCUGGCGCAGGGGCGGUGGCGCUGCAUCCUGUGCGGCAAGCGGUUCACGGCAGAGCGGCACAUCGAUCUCCACCUGGCCAACCGCCAUGCCCACCUGGAGGAGCAGCAGCAGCUGCAGGAGGACUGCUUGGAGCUGGCGGCGCGCUGCUUCCCUCCGCACGGCGGCGACGGCAGCGCCCAGCGCCUGCACGCCCUGCUGGCCGGCCGGCUGUGCAAGGCGCACACGUGCGACACGCGGCGCAAGCGCUCCCGCACCCUGGCGGUGGCACAGGCGCACCGCAGGUGGCGGGGCCGCUGGAGCUUCACCCUAGCUGCCGGCCUCGUCGUGCUGGCAACCUUCUGGCUGCUGCUGUGGCUCGUCUGCACCGACAACGGCGCCACCAGCCCCACCUACCGGCGAGCGGCUGCCGUGCGGCGGCGCCUGGAGGCGGCGGCAGCCAGCGGCGGCCAGCAGCUCCCUCACAGCCGCAGCCUGAUUCAUCGCGCCCGGGGCAAGACAUCUGUGCCGUGA